CUUCGGUGCCAUGGAGAACUGGGGGCUCGUCACGUACAGGGAGCGGGCGCUGCUGGUGGACGAGGCCGAGAGCUCGGCAGCUGCGCAGCGCUACGCCGUCACGACGAUGGCGCACGAGCUGGCCCACCAGUGGUUCGGCGACCUCGUCACGCCGGACUUCUGGAACGUGCUCUGGCUGAAGGAGGGCUUCGCCACCUACUGGGCCUACCACACCGACCUGGGUCUGGUGACGGACUGCUGGGGGCUGAGGGAGCACUUCCUGGUGGAGCAGAUGGCCACCGCGCUGGACGCCGACGCCUCAGAGUCCACCCACGCGCUCACCUCCGCCCCGGACACGGCCGCCCUCUACGACGACAUUAGCUACUCCAAAGGUGGUUCAAUCCUACGUAUGUUCAGCAACUGGCUGGGUGAAGAUCAAUUCAACAAGGCACUGAACACAUACCUCCUAAAUAGGAUGUACAGUAGUGCACUGCCGGAGGACUUGUUUGCUGCAGUGGCGGAGGAGGGAUACCCGGAGCUGGCGGACUAUAUGGAGACCUGGACCACCACACCUGGCUUCCCAGUCAUCAACGUCACCCGUGAGGGGAAGAAUGCCACCCUGGCACAGGCCAGGUACCUGCUGAAGCGCCCAGAGAACAGCACUUACUCCACUCCUUGGCCCUCACUCGUCUCCUAUGUGGUGGGCACAGACUUCCAGCAGACAGCCACCAAGAGUGUAUGGGUCAUGGGGGAGGAACCAACCACCAUAGACGGUUUAGCAGCGGAGGAGCCACUGUUCCUCAACCUCAACUGGACAGGCUUCUUCCGCAUCAACUACGAUGCUGCAAGCUGGCGACUGAUCCAGGAGCAACUGACAUCCAACCACCUGGCAGUCCCACGGGAGACGCGCGCCCAGUUGGUGUCUGAUGUGUUCAGCCUGGCACGUUCCGACCAUCUGGACUAUGAGCUGGCCCUCAACUUCUCACUAUACCUGUACCAGGAGGAGGACUACCUGCCGUGGGCCAUCGCCUUCCGCGUCUUCGACUACCUGGACACUUUCCUCAUCUCCACUGGACACUACCCUGCAUUUCAGAGCUACGUGAAGUCCCUCCUCGAACGGUUUUAUUGGACGCUGACAUUCUCUACACGCCCGGACGACGACCACAUGACGAGGUCACUGCGUGCGGGGGUGGGGAAGUGGCUGUGCCGUGUGCGUGACUCCUCCUGCCUCGACUACGCGUGGCAGCUCGCGCAGGCCGCAUCCAGUCCCUCAGAUGCCAAUGUGGACCCGGACAUGCGAGCGGCCGUGUACUGCGAGUGGGCGACAGACAACGCCCAUUGGGAAGCGCUGUGGCAGCACUACCUGCAGACUAAUGUCACCACAGAGAAACAGGAGGUGCUCUCCGCUCUAGGCUGCUCCCAGGAUGAGGCGAAGCUCAACACGUAUCUGGGUUAUACCCUGGAAAAAGACAAAAUCAAGCCACAGGAUGCGCAGACUGUUUUUACGAGCGUUUGUACAACACCUGUGGGAGUGAAAGUUGCAACUGACUUCAUUGUAAACAACGCUGAAGCCUUUGCACAGAGCAGAUAUGCAGAAAAGAUCAUAUCAGGACUUGCAAAGAGAGUUACAACAGAAGAGCAGCUUACCCAGCUACAGUCCCUCCAGUCACUCGAGGCACUGCAAAAGAUAAAUUCGACUGUGGAUUCUGCCAUAUCAGCUGCGACAGCACAGGUGGAGUGGGCAGACUCCCAUAUCAGUACUAUUGGCAGCUGGCUGGAGGGAGGCAAUUUCUUUCCAUCUGGCACUUCGAGAAUGUCUUACAACGUGAUGGCCAUCAUACCUGUUAUUUCUGUGGUGCUUCUCAGUACCAGUUUUUGUGUGUUUUAAGAUGACCAUUGUGUCCCACAAAGUUGUGGUUAUUCCAGUGUGGAGUUUUAAUUAUGUUUUGUUGGAGUAUGAAAUUUUAAAUCACCUGACAAUUUACGCAGUAAAUGAUACUGUGGAGCUUGGACUGUAUGGUACAAAAAUUUAUUCAACCAAGCUUCCUAAAAAAAUAAAUUUGUUGUGACAGUUGUUUGUUGUAUUUCAGCUUUACAUGUAUUUAGAAAUGCUGUCACAUUAUUUUCUUUUUGGUAAAUUCAUUUCAAUCAGUUAUCACUCAUUUCCAUCGGGGUUUUAUUCUUGAUGCUAGCAGUCAAUUACAGUUAUUAUUACUGUUACCAAGUUUGUCAUUCAUGGUCAGUAGUGCACCAAGAUUACAAUUUCAAGAUGUGCUGAAUAUAAUAAUGUAGACACUAAAAUUUAUAGUAAAUGUUCAUAGUACAGUUCUGCCACUCUGUUAAAGUACAUUUAAUCCAUCUGUUUUUGUACUAACAUGGAAAUUCAGUCAAGUGUAGUGGUAACUGUCUUGGACCACAUCUUGAUAAUGUUUU